AUUAUGGAUGUUGUGUCUUCCUCUACACAAGUAAUUCUGGAUUCCAUGAGUCUGGAUGACUGCCUAGAGGCGUUCCGAAAAACAGAUUGCAUUAUGGAGCCUUCAGUUAUUCAAUUUUUGACUCGAUACAUUGAAAAAGGUGGAACUCCAGAGAUUGCUAUUAAGGAGCUUUCCAAAAGCUACUUGUCCUUAGCACAAAUGGUUAACUUGCUUGCAGAUUGGAUGGUUCAAUUAGGCCUUGAGCCGGCUAAAAUCCAAGAUCUUAUUGAAAAUCAUUAUUACAAUUUGGUAAUCAAAUAUUUUGAUCCUAAAAAAGCGGACAAAAUUUUCAAUGUGGAAGGAAAAAUUCCUGACUGGCUUGGCGGACUAGUUGAGAACCAAAAAUGGAGGAAGCUGAUUUACCAGCUAGCUGAGGAGUACCCUGAUUGUUUGAUGCUAACAUUUACUGUUAAGUUGAUAGCAGAAUCUGGAUUUCAAGGUGAAAUAACGGGGGUUGCUACAGCUAGUCAGCAGCUUGAAGUUUUUGCUGGCGUCCUCAACACUGAAAUAAUGAACAUCGUUAACGAAAAGUCUUCGGCGAUUCAGCAUCACAUUAAAGAACUCUGCUCAAUGGUAAAUUACGGCGAACACUCUUUUCUGUUUUCAAUUAUUUUGCUGUCGUACUUAGAAGAAAGCCCUUACGGUGGAUCAAUGGCAUAUCGAAUUAAGCAAGAGAUAAUCAAAUCUUCGAGCGGCAGUGAAAACUUGACGGAUAUUAUUGCCAUCAAUUUCGCUGUUUCAAAAACACAAAUGCAUCCAAGAGCUUUACAUGCAAUGAGCUCGAUGCUGAGUAAAAAUCAGCUAAACCCUGCUGACAUAACUAUAUUGUACAAACUAUAUCAAGUUGGACACGACGAGUCAGCCGUGCCGACAGUUUCCCUGUUGAAGGAUCCAAUUUUUCUAGAACUUUUAGUCGCAUGUGUGUUCUGUAAAGAGCCAAAAAUUAACACAGAUCAUAAAGCAAAGUACAUCUAUCUACUUGCUUACGCGGUGUCAGUCGUGGAAGACUGGAAGUACUGUAAAAGUGAUGGAUCUUACAGACGGACGUCCAUUGACACGGAGGAUCUGCAGUCGACCUUGGUUGCAAUUGACAGAGUAAACGAGGUGCUCUGGAACAAGGGAAGUGGCAGAGAACUGGUGCAGGAGGUUGAACUAGUCCACGAAUGCAUUCGGGUUCCUGUCGUGGCUUUUGGCAUUACAAAUUGGGUUGAGGAGAUUGUCCAAGAUGACUCAUUUUAUGAUCGAACAACAGACCCCAUACCCGUUCCAUUGUUGUUACUCGAUGAGGUCAUAACCGUACAUCAGCUUCAGCAUGAACAUGUUUUCCAGCUGCUGAAAAAACUAUUCCUUCACUCUUUUUCGUUUCUGUCCACGCAUGCCAAACUGGAGAUGGAGAAGGUCAUAGCCGAUCGAAUGAUUCAUCUCGUUUGUAACGAUUUUGUCAUACCGGUUAUUCAAUUUUUUGCAGACUGUUUGAAAAACUUGAACUCUGAUACUAGUGUAAUUAGAUACUUUCUCUCGAUGUUGCUGGAUUUGAUUGGGGCUCCUUUUAGUGACGAGUUUGUAAUUGCUAUUCAGCCUUUAUGUAUAGAUGACUCAUUGAUACAUGCAGUGCAAAGUAAAGCGAAUGAAAAUCUCGAUAUCCAGGCCUUAUUUGACCGAAUAGAAACUAUUUAG